UCAGGUUUGUUUGUAAAUUGGCAUAGGGCUAAUUGAAGCAGGUUAUGGUUUCCAGCAGGUAAUGCAUGGUCUCUAGUUAGACUGGAGUGGUGUUCUUUAAGAUCAGCAGCAUUACCAGUAGUAAACUAGCUAGAAAGCAUGCAGGAGAGCAAAAACAUACUGGUUAGAGGGUGUCUUGGACAUCUUUGGUAUGAACUGCAGUUCUGCAGUGAGUGCUGACUGAAAAAGGAAUACUGAGGGAUUAGCUAAGAUGAAAAAGGCAGUUAUGGGUCAACUGUCAGGUUUGUAUUUUAUACGCCAGAUAAUUUUGGGAUUCUUGCCUUUUAGACAGUGAGGUUUGUUCACUGAACCAUUUGGUCUGUUGGAUGAAAAAGGAUAAUCUAGUUUUGCAUUUUUUUUUUUCUCCAAAACUUAAAUUGAGUGGAGACCUGCAGUUCAACUUUCUGGAAAACCUGUAGCAUAAGAAAAAAGAAAUAUAAAGGAAGAACAAGCUCAAAACUGAAAGCAUAGUACUAGUCACAAAGGCACUUGAAGUAAUUUCAGAAAGUGUCAAGUAUGUAAAAACAAAAGAUAAGCAUGAGAUCACCGUGGCACAGCUGCAUGUGUAGUCACUCUUGAAGCAAUUGCACACCUAAUUGGCAGACAAUCUUGGCAUUUUUAGAGCAACAGCCUUUUAAAGACAGGGGACUUUUUAAUGUAUGAAUAGUCAAAUAAACCUGUUGGGUGUCAUCAAUGGAGCCCUCUGGCACUGAACAGUUGUGUGAUGACCCUGAUCCUGGAGGCAAAUCCCAAGAUCAAGACACCAAAAAGCAACAUGAAUCAGAGCAAAAAUUAUCCAAAAUAACCCAUAAUGCUUUGGAGAACAUUAAUGUGAUUGGUCAAGGCUUGAAGCACCUUUUCCAGCAUCAGCGCAGGAGGUCGUCAGUUUCUCCGCAUGAUAUUCAGCAAGCUCAGGCUGAUCUGGAGCCUGACAUGGAUUUGGAAAGCCAAAGCAUCUGUGCUGACAUUGAUGGUGUCUCCACCCACCCUACAGCUCUGAACCGGGUGCUCCAGCAGAUCAGAGUGCCACCUAAAAUGAAGAGAGGGACGAGCCUGCACAGCAGGCGGGGCAAGGCAGAGGCCCCGAAGGGAAGCCCGCAGAUCAGCAGGAGGUCUGCACAGGACAUGCAGUCAGGUCGGCCCAGAUCAUCCUCGACUACAGAUGCUCCCACAAACUUGUCCGUGAUGGAGAUUGCUUCUUCUAUCUAUGUAGGUGGAGAGGAGGCCACAGCAGCAGCAAUCGAGCGGUUGGAAGUCAGCAGCCUCGCACAGACCUCCAGCGCAGUGGCCUCCAGCACUGAUGGCAGCAUCAAUGCAGACUCUGUCGAUGGGACCCCAGAUCCUCAGCGUACGAAAGUGGCCAUCACACACCUGCAGCAGAAGAUACUGAAGUUGACCGAGCAGAUCAAAAUCGAACAAACAGCCCGAGAUGACAACGUGGCAGAGUACCUGAAGCUGGCCAACAACGCAGACAAGCAGCAGAGCGCCCGCAUUAAGCAAGUGUUUGAGAAGAAAAAUCAGAAGUCGGCCCAGACCAUCUUGCAGCUGCAGAAGAAACUAGAACACUACCAUCGAAAGCUGCGAGAAAUUGAACAGAAUGGGAUCCCUCGGCAGCCAAAGGAUGUCUUCAGGGAUAUGCACCAGGGUUUGAAAGAUGUUGGAGCAAAAGUCACUGGCUUCAGUGAGGGAGUUGUGGACAGUGUAAAAGGUGGGCUUUCCAGUUUCUCCCAAGCCACACAUUCAGCAGCAGGAGCUGUGGUUUCCAAACCCCGGGAGAUUGCCUCCCUCAUACGGAACAAGUUUGGGAGUGCAGACAACAUUGCUAAUCUGAAAGACUCCUUAGAAGAAGGCCAGGAAGAUGGGACGGGAGGCAAGGCUCUAGGUGUUAUUCAGAACUUUCAGUCAAGCCCAAAAUAUGGCAGUGAAGAGGACUGCUCUAGUGCCACAUCAGGCUCCGUGGGAGCCAACAGCACAACAGGGGGCCCUGUGGGAGCUUCCAGCUCCAAAACAAACACUCUGGAUAUGCAGAGCUCAGGGUUUGAUGCAAUACUGCAUGAGAUACAAGAAAUUCGAGAGACACAGGCAAGACUGGAAGAAUCAUUUGAGGACCUUAAGGUUCGCUAUCAGAGGGAUUACUCAUUAAUAAUGCAGACUCUGCAGGAGGAGCGGUACAGAUGUGAAAGACUGGAAGAGCAGCUCAAUGACCUGACUGAGCUCCACCAGAACGAGAUCCUUAAUUUGAAGCAGGAGCUGGCCAGCAUGGAGGAGAAGAUCGCCUACCAGUCUUACGAGCGAGCCCGGGACAUCCAGGAGGCACUGGAAGCUUGCCAGACCCGCAUCUCCAAGAUGGAGCUGCAGCAGCAGCAGCAGCAAGUGGUGCAGCUGGAGGGGCUGGAGAAUGCCACAGCCAGGAACCUUCUGGGGAAGUUCAUCAACAUCCUCCUGGCUGUCAUGGCUGUCCUCCUCGUCUUCGUCUCCACUGUGGCCAACUGCGUGGUGCCCCUCAUGAAGACUCGCAACAGGACGUUCAGCACUUUAUUUCUCGUGGUUUUCAUUGCCUUUUUGUGGAAGCACUGGGAUGCCAUCACCGGCUACUUAGAACGGUUCUUGUCUCCCCCCAGAUGAUGGUGGCAGGACCUGGCUGCAUCCUCCUCCUCCCGGCGCUCUCGGUGAGCAAGCGUGGCAAAGAUUAGUCAGCAGCUACUCUGCUGAAGUUUUAAAGUGUCCGAGUGAAUUUGUUUACAUUUAGAAUAAUGUUUUUUCUCUGCGAGAUGCAUUGCAAUAGUAUUUUUUAGAUUUUAUUCAAGAACUCUUUUUUGGCGAGAAUCCUGGAUAAUUUUUAUGUAGCAUGGUUCUCUUUGGAUGCAAAUCUUAAGAUUCUCUGAAGUGUACAAAAGAAAUAAAUAAAAUGCAGAAAUUUGGAGCAUACCAAUGGGCAAUUCAAAUUGUGGCUUGAACUACUGUACUAAACCUGUCAGGAAGAAGUGAACGUGAUUAGCUUGAGAGGAGCAAAGCUAAAUCUAGUGCACAGCCUUGAGUGAUGGUACCACAGCAAACCUGUAACACUAAACUUUUACUGUGAAGUCUGCUCACAUUCCAUGUCCAAAUGUAUGCGUUCAGAGUGGUUUCUUUCCUUAACAAGAGAACAACAACGUGUGGAUCUCUUCCCCAGCCCAGCGUCUGGGUUCGCCGUUUGUGCUGACCUGAUUUACUGUAACUUUCUAUAAGGCUGGCUAACUUUGCUAAGCAUAUGAAGUGGAAGCCUCAUGCCAUACGUAGUAACUGCACAGCUGUGCUACAGUAUUUUGAAGCAGUCCUUGAAAUACUUAUCUUUAAGUAGAAGCCCUUGGUCGCACUUUUAAGGUUUUUUUUAUAUAUGUAUAUUCACAGAUUUAAAAAAAUCCGAACAGCAUACUUGAAGAGUGUAAUACUCAAACUCUCAGUGCUUCCUUAUUGUUUCUAAUAGGAUUUUUUUAUUAUAAUAAUUAUUAUUAUUGGGGUGUGUUUGUUGUUUUUUUUUAAGGGAUUGGGAGGGUCAUUACUUUUUUUUUUCCUUUUAAAUAAAGAAGUGAUGUUUUUAAAUGAAGAAAUACGUGAAUAAUUGUGAGCCGUCUUGUCCUGAAACAGUUUUGAGGAGGGCAGAGAGUAGUUUCUAGUGCCAGCUUGUCUGGAGCACAGUGCUGUCCAUAUGCCAUGUAUCUGUCCUCCAGAGCAUACAGAUGCAGCAUCAUGAAAAACAUCUUAUCUUCUCCACACAUUUUUGUCAUGCAGGGCUUUUUUUCCUCACUGUGAAGGAGAGUAUGUUUAUAUUUCUCAUUUGCAUGUCAUCUCUCAUUCCUGGCCUCAGGAUAAGGAAUUUAUUUUUCAUCCCUUCCUACGGAAAAGACAGGUUCUUUUAAGGAAAGAAAUACUGAAUCAACAGUCUACUUAAAAGAAUGGUUGUCUCAGAAAUAGCUCUCAUUUAAUUUUUAAAUAAACCCCUAAAAAGUGAAACCAAAGUUUUCCUGCUGUCAGGCUCUGGUAAGAUCAUUUGUGUGUCUGUCUGUACACUGUACCUGUGUGCCAUCAAGAGCAUCCUCUUCUUCAGCCAUGGGGCUGAGUACUUGGUGUAGAAAACUUUCACAGCUCUACAGGAAAUAGCAGCUUCAAAUGUGCCUCUGAAGUCCUAGCAACGUGCUGUUGCUGGUGACUUGUUGGUACUGGUGGGCUGGCUUCAUGUCCAAGGAAUCAGCGUUCACUCUGUGCUCUUUUGUUUGUCCCUUUUGCUUUAAUGAAGCCAAGAUUCAACCUCCAUCUCCAAGAAAUAAAAAAAACCCUCCAGGAUUCUCUUUCAAAACCAUGUAUGAUGUUUAGUUAGAUCUUACUGUUUUCCUUUUUCAGGCUUAAAUUCCCUCUAGGAACCAAAUGUUGCCCAAGUGACCUGAAAUCAUACAUGUACAUACAUGGAACACGUACAUCAUAUAUAUAUAUACACACACGGAAGCCUAGGACUUAAUGCAAUUCUGGGUUCUGAGAAAUUCCCUCAAACUAGGUAACAGCCUUGAGGGUCUUCUGAUAAGCAGCAGAGGGCUUGCCAUCCUUCUUCCUUCAAAGAUUCUGUCUAUUUUUUCCAUAGUCACAGGAAACUCAGGUACCCUUCUCCCCAGGGAUCCCAGCACACCUCUCUUUGUCACCAUGUUCACUAAUCUGCUCCUGUCCUACUUAAAAUGCAAAUUGCCAAUUGCAACUGACUCAAGCCAAAAAUAAUCAUGCUUUCUACAGAGUUGCAGAGAGAGCAAAGAUUGCAUAAGCAUUCCCUCCUUAGACCAUGCUUCUAGCUCCAGCAAAACUCUUCUGUUUACCAUGGUUCUCUGAUGAAUUCAAAUGACGUGGGCAACCAGCGCCAUCCCAUUACAUAGUUUGUGUCAGAAACAAAGGUGUCAGUAACCAUAAGAACUGAAUUGGCACAGAAUUGAGAAGCUUUGUUGCCUUUAUUUCUGGACCCUGGCCUUUGCACCUCUUUUUUUUCUCAGUUCUGAUGACACUAGAAUUGCUCGUGGUAGGUUUUUAUGUGGUGAAAGCAGGAAGGAGUUGAAAGCCAAUGGAUCUGGACACUCAGUGCCACUUGUCCGUGGUAUUUGAAAGAAGUGUUUAUCCCUCUUUAUAUCCUAAUUUCAUUUAGAAUCUGAACUCUGUGUUGUCUUCAGUAAAUACCAUUUGCUAAUUUGCCAGAAGGCACAGGCUUAAUAGAAACUUAUCACCUCAAAACUGUUUGGUGAAGGCCACGUACAUAUGGUUGUGGACAAUGUCUGUCUGUCUGUCUCUUUCUCUCUCGGCAGUUUCUUCCAUUCCAGAAAGUUGUCUGCAGUAAUGCCACAUGAUGCUGCAUCCACUUUUCAUAUCCUAACACAACUGCCAUGUGUUUUGCCUUUUGCAUUAGCAGAACUUUGUGGGGUUUUCUUCCCUCUUCAGUUUGAAGGUCUGUGAUGAUUUCUGAUAGCUUAACAAUAAUUAUACUGUUGGAAAUGUGAUUCUAGCUUUAAAGCUCCCUUUCCUUGUAAGUGGUUGUGUUUGCUUUCUUGAUGAAGCAUCUCUGGAUGACUUGUAGAAGACAGUUCCCACCAUGGGUGUAAGUGUGUGUGUGAGUACCUUGUAUUGGCCUUCCUUAUGGAGGUAAACUUCUUAGUGACCAUCUCUGAGUUGCAGAAUGUUUCCCAAAACAUUUCAUAUUCAGAGUUGAAAUUAUUCUGAAGUUGCUUAGGUAUGUUUAGCACGUAUCAACUUGGCAUAUAAAAAGGGAAGAAUAUAAUGGACUGUGUUAGUUUAAAAAGCAGCAGCUCUUCCUUGAAAUUCUAUGGUUCAAAUGAAGUUUAUCUGUUUCCCCCAUUUGCUUUCUCAGUGUAAAGAAGAAAAUCUUAAUGCAAAAAAUAUUUACAUGUUUAAAUUUUGUGAAGUUCUCUUUUCUCUCAGCCUCAUUAGGUUAGUUUAAUGAUACUGAGCAUGCUCACAGCAAUUAUUUCAUUGGUUUAUUCCAAUCCCGUGAGUUCUUAAAGUUUGAUCAGAUGAAAUGUUGAGUUCUGUACAUGUUGCACUGGGACAGAAAAGCACUGUCUUUCAGCUUUGAGAAUAUGCAUUUUUUUAAUUAAAAACGCAGCAUUAUAACAAAAGAAGCCAAGCUACAAAAAGGUUCAAGAUUGGGUAGUUUUGCCAGUUUUUAAAUGAAUUCUGAACGUGGCUAAAGAGUUUUAAACCCUGUGUGUCUGUGUUGUGUAUGCCAGGUGGUAUAGUAGUAGGCAAUUGACUUAGCUGUAAGUGUGUUUUUAAAGUGUAAAAAAAAAUAAACAGAAAAACUCACUUGCACGGGUUGAAAAGUACAGAAAUGACACUUGUGAACGUAACACUGUAGUUUAUAGAUCUUAAGCUGCUAAUUGUUGAGAGAGAUUUACAUUUGUCUUGUCUGAUUGUUGCAGAUUUAUCUGUGACACUUUUACUGUAUAUAAAAAACUUUAAAUAAAGACCUCAGCUAUUAA